GAAAAUGUGGAUUUUGUCAAUAAAAUCUAUCAAAUGAGAUUUGGAUGAUAUUUUAUAAUGAAAAAGCAAUGAGCCAAAAUAUCACCUUCUACUAUGGUAUUUGAAACUUUUUUAAAAAAAUAAAAAAUUUACUUCACAUUUUUAAAAUAAAAUAAAAUUGCUUGAAAUGAAAAUAUAUUUAAAAUUCUAUUUUUAAAAACUUUCAUAUAUUUCUAUAUAUUUCAUAAAAUAAUAAAAAUAUUGAAUUAUAGUAUUAAAAAAUAAAAUAUUAUUUUAAAUAAAUUUUAAAAAAAAAAUCCAAAAAAUUGAUGUUUUUUCAAAAACCUUAAAACUUGUAAAUUUUUUUUUAAGAUUUAUAAAUCUUGGAUUUUCUUGAAUUUACUCAUAUCUUGAAUUUUUUCAAAUCAUUGAUUCAAUAAGCUCACCUAAGUAAAGUUUAUAAAUGGAUACGUAAGAGUCAAAGAAAAAAAGUGGACGCAAAUAAUUAAUGGAUGAGAGUUAGAUUCUAAAAUUCUAUUUAAAAUAAAACGUAUAAUUAUGAAAGUAUUAGACUUUACAUUAAAGUCUAUCUGUAUAUUAUUUAAUAAUUUACCAAAAUAGUCUAAAUUACAAAACCCUAAAACCUAAACAUAAAUGUAAAAGCUAUAUACCCAUAAUCAUAAAAUCGUAACAUGUUCAAAAUAAACGAAUUAUCUCAAAAUAUAGAAUUAUUUUUAUGUUUGAAAAUUUUAGCCUAUAAUACAUAAUUAUUCUAUUAUUAAUUUAAGAAUUGUAGGGUUUUGGGGAUGAUAAUUAAAAAAAAACUGGGAAGAGGCAUAAAUGACAUAUUGUAGAAGAAUAUAUAAGUGGAGAAUUGACAAUGACGUGUUUUUCCUUUUCUAUUUAGCAUUUCUAAAACUAGAUUUUGCUAUUUUACAGUUUACACAUAUAUAAUUAAGUAAUAAAACUAUCCCAAAAUCAUAUAUAUUUUCCAUUUUAGCGAAAUAUAUUAUAGAUACUCUUUUUGAACUGGUAUGUUAUAGAUAUUUUUUUUGCAAGCUAUCCAAUACAUGCAUUGAUAGUUACAAAUGGUUUAACUGGCAACCAUUACAAGAACAUUAGAAAAGAACAUUAGAAAUGAGUAAGAAAAAAAUGCAGAGGAAUAAUAUUAGAAGAUUGAAAAGGAAAAUAAUCCAUUAUCAAUUUUAGUGAGAAAAAAAUUUGUUCUAUAUUCUUCUAAAAUAAAAGGAAUGAGAAGGAAUUCAAAGGAAAACAAUUCCUUGUAACUGGUAAAACAAAUUAUGAAUAGUAAGGAAUGUAUUAUUCAUUUUUAUUCUUUGGUCACCAAUUACACCCAAAGUAUUUCCUACUUUGAUAUUUGUAGAUAAUGUCAUUGGACGCUUAAAUAAUGUCUUUGGGCGCUUAAGUCUAAUUUCCUGUUAAGUAUUGGAUCUUACCGCUUUAAUUAAUUUUUAGAAUAGCAUUAAUUAAGUGUUAUUUUAGGUUCCAUUCUAUCAUAGUAUUUAUCUAACGCUAUUACAUAAUACAUAAAUUUCUAAAACAUCUACGAUAACAUUUUAGUAAAACGUGCUAUAACAAUCUGCUAUCAGUGUAGACUUUUUUUGUAGUAAAUUAUCGUAAUUAAGAAAUAAAUACUUAACAGCCUGAAAAACUAAUGAAAUUUAUUUUGAGAGUUCUUCCACGCUCACUUUCAAUCUUUAUAUUAUGUGAACUGGUACAAAAUAAAGAACAAGCUUUUUUUUUGUUUUAAAGUUAGUGAUAUUUUGGAUAAAAAAGGUUCCGGCGACAUUUCUGGCUACUAUACUAUUGAUUAACGUUUGCUCGUGAGGGUUUAGUUUUAUAGAAACACACGCAUGGUUUAGAGUAGUAUUAGUAUGUCCAAUGUCAAAAGUCUGAGAACUGAGAAGAAUAAGUUUGGCAAUGACAUAUAAUCUAAUAUUUUAACAAAUGUUUUUAAUUGCUGAUGAGUCUAAAACAAUAUAUAAACUGGCACCUUUCUGGUGGAUUAUUUAAUUAGCCUUAUGGGCUGCUGAUCUGUAGCUCGUCAUUAGUUUUAUAGACUAUAAGAGUGGCGACGUGAAUCGCUCUGCGGCAUGAAAGUAAAUGGUCAAAUGAGAAUCAAUGCAAAGUUGACAUUCGCUUAACACGUAACGUUGGAAUUUUUCUCUUCAUGCAUCAUCACAAGUUACCAUAUGCAUAUCGGUCUCUGUACUGGUCUACAGUAGUAUCUUACUCAGAUUUGUCAACUCUCGAGCAUCAUAUCAUCAUCACCUUCUAUUAUCCACAAUCCAAGUUCCGAAAAUAAGAUUCUCCAUAUUUAGCGUUGCCCCAUCACUAAUCCAAGAUGCCUCAACAUGUUCAUUUAGAUUACAUGUCGGUACGUGUAUAUAUAGAGUUCAGAGACUCACCUCUCCAAAACUGACUAUCAACACAAAAUAUCCAAGCAAUACAAAGAACAAAACAUCUACAUACUAAAAGAGUAAUACUAUUACUAUAAAAAUGGAUGUGGUAGCAAGGUUAGCGUCACAAAGUGCAGUGGUAAUAUUCAGCAAGAGUACAUGCUGCAUGUCUCAUGCAAUUAAAUGUCUGUUUUAUGAGCAAGGAGUGAGUCCUGCGAUUGUCGAGAUCGAUCAAUACAUGUACGGUAAAGAUAUUGAGCGGGCUUUGGCCCGGUUAGGAUGUAGCCCUCAGGUUCCCGUGGUUUUCAUCGGAGGGAAAUUAAUAGGAACUGCCACUACCGUUAUGACUCUUCAUCUUGACGGGACAUUGAAAAGGCUGCUCAAGGAAGCUGGUGCUUUAUGGCUUUAGUACAUAUAGUUCGUAUAAUGUUUUCUUGAGGGUUUAAACAUAUAUAUUUGCUUUGGCUUUUGAAAGUUUCUUCAUAUAAUAUAUGCACGUUUAAUUAAAAGCAUAUAUGAAGAAGUACUUUUUUAUUUUGGGUGUUAUGUAUGUCUUGAUGGGUUGGUUUUAUUAUUAACUACGACCAAUUUGUGGAUA